AUGUCCGGCUACGACCAAUACAACCAGGGUGGCCACGGCCAGCAAGGUUAUGGCCAGCAAGGCUACGGUCAGCCAGGUUACGGCCAACAGCAAGGUUACGGUGGCCAACAAGGUUACGGCCAGCCAGGCUAUGACCAGCAGCAACAGUAUGGUCAGCCUCAACAGGGUUACGGCCAGCAGGGUUACGACCAACAGCAACAGUAUGGUCAGCCUCAGCACGGUUACGGCCAGCAAGGCUAUGGUCAGCAGCAGGGUGGCUCAUCUGAUUACUAUGCUGGCCAGCAACACCAACAGCAGGGCUACGGACAGCACGACCAGAACCGCCAGGGUGGCUAUGAGCAGCAGCAAGGUGCCCCCGGUGAAGCCCAGGAGGGCGAGCGUGGUCUUGCCGGUGCCCUUGCCGGUGGUGCCGCUGGUGGCUUCGCUGGCCACAAGGUCAAUCACGGUUUCCUCGGAACAAUUGGUGGAGCCAUCAUUGGUAGCAUCGCUGAAGAUGCCGUCAAGAAGCACCGCAACAGCAACAGCCAGUCUCCUCAGCAACACGGUGGCCCUUACGGCGGCCCUCCUUCCAACAGCGGCAGCAGCCCCUCCAUGAUGGAUCAGCUCGGUGGUUUCUUCAAGAAAUAG